UCCUCGCCAUCAUCACUCGACUUUACCGAGCCGCAAUAAAUGUCAUCGUUAGCGCGGUCUCUCUCUCCGAUCUGUAUCCGUUCUUUCCAUAGAUUUUCGAAUACUUGUGUUCUUCGAGUACUUGAAGAGCCCAUCCACUGCUCUCCUUCGGAUUCAAUUUUUGGUUGUCGCAUCGGUUGUGGGAAUGUUCUCGGCACUGCUUCCCUUCUUUCGAUCCUUUUCCUUUUGGCAUACAUUUCUUUUGUUUAGCUCACUUUUUGGAUUUUGUGGUAGUUAGAGUUUCCGCAUCCCACUUCAGAAUCUGCUGCCUACCGUUGCUUUUCUUGUGAGCCCGAGUGCUGCCUUCUCUGAUAAUGUCGGCCUUGUUUCUACCAGCAUGAGUAUCGCGUUUCGCGCAUGAGAAGCUCCGCUUCUUCCCACACCGUCGACAGAUCACAAGGUUCUCUGGUUUUUAGUCGUCGGAGAGGCUUGCUUCUGCAUCUUUAUCCAGAUGGUUGCGCUUCUUCGCAUCUCUUUGAUUAGUUUCGGCACUGUUCUUGCUUGUGUCUUGAGCUGACUGACAUCACCCUGGCUCUUCUGCUCUCGAGAUUCACGAUGACAAAGAUGGCUUCUUCACGGGCUUUUCUCCUCCUACCAUUCCUCAUCUUCCAUGCGUUAUCCCAACCAGAAAGCUCCAUCGCUCCGAUGGAGAAGACAGAGCAAGAAGCCCUGUACAUGGUGAUCCAAGGCUUUGUCGGACAACGGUGGAAUGGGUCGGAUCUUUAUCCGGAUCCUUGCGGCUGGACGCAAAUACAGGGAGUAUCAUGCGAUCUCUUUGAUGGUCUAUGGUACGUUACGGCCCUAAGCAUCGGACCCAUCCUUGAGAAUUCACUGGAAUGCACGGAGAAAUCAGAGUUCAGUCCACUACUAUUUCAGCUCAAGCAUCUCAAAACCCUCUCCAUCUUCGAUUGCUUCUCUUCUCAUGAACAAACUAGCUUGCCAUCAAGCAACUGGGAGAAGCUAGCUGAAAGCUUGGAAAACCUCGAUUUGCGCUCGAAUCAAGGCCUCGUGGGAGGAAUCCCAGCCAACCUUGGUCAGCUUCGUAAUCUACGGUCCCUUGUGCUAGUCGACAACUCACUGGUGGGAGAAUUGCCGAUGGAACUUGGGAAUUUGAUCCAGCUGAAGAGACUGAUGCUCUCGGGGAACCGAUUCUCUGGUCAAAUUCCAGCUUCUCUUUGCAUCAAUUUAAACCAGCUCUUGAUCUUGGACCUCGGCGGGAAUUCCCUGACCGGUUCUCUCCCUUCCUCUCUCUGCGGUCUCAGUUCACUCUUAAAGCUGGACAUCAACAGCAAUCGAUUACAUGGAAGCCUUCCACCCGGGCUUGGAAAUCUCAGCCACCUUGCCCUUCUGGAUCUCAGGAACAAUAGCUUAUCUGGUGUUCCUUCCAAAUCACUUGCUGGCAUGGAGUCACUUCAGGUUUUGCUUCUGUCUUACAACCCAUGGGGUGGGAGUCUGCUGGAAUUCGAGUGGAAGAACUUGAGGAACCUUACCACCUUGGACCUUUCCCAUAUGGGUUUAGAAGGCACGAUUCCUGAAACUAUUGCAAGCCUGAAGAGAUUGAGAUACCUCGCGUUAGACAACAACCACCUCUCUGGCAUUGUCUCUUCCAAGUUCGCAGCUCUGCCUUCUCUUACUGCUCUCUAUCUCAAUGGCAACAACUUAACAGGGGAGCUUGAGUUCCCCGAAAGGUUCUACCGGAGGAUGGGAAAGAGAUUUGCUUCUUGGAACAAUCCAAAUCUCUGUUGCAAUGCUGCAGCCAUGGCCACAGGAAGUGCCCCUCACGGUGUGGCACAAUGCAAGCAAGACCAAGAGCCCUCCGCCAAUGGCUCCAAUGCCAACGAGAGGGUAGAUGAUAGGAAUCCAGAUCAGAAUUCUGGUCUGUCGACCUCUUUUCUGUUUCCUGCUUCUUCAAUUAGUGGUUUUUGGUGGGGAAUUGUUGUUCAAGAGGUGAUGGUCAUGUUUCUUUUGGUCAUGCUCUUGUAGGAUGUCCAAACCUGCACAGAUAGCUGUACACACCAUAUUUACUACUUGUAUGAAGCAGGCAGUAUAUCCUGGCA